AUGAGAGACUCUCCACAUAUCUAUCACAACAAGAGUACCAGCGAGGAGGCGUGGAUCAAACGAAUGUUCAUUUAUCGACAAGACAUUGAGUUCCUGAUUGUUCAAAUUUACGUGGAUGACAUUAUAUUUGGCGGAACAUCUUCAGAUUAUGUUGAAAAGUUUGUAUGCCAGAUGAAGGGAGAAUUUGAAAUGAGCAUGGUUGGUGAGCUAACCUUCUUUCUGGGAUUUCAAAUCCGCCAAGAAGCAACAGCUAGCAGACCAGACAUUGCCUUUGCAGUAGGCGUAUGUGAUCGCUACCAGGCUGACCCUUGCUCGUCUCAUCUUUACAGCGCUAAACACAUACUGAAAUACAUAACAGGGUACUGUGAUGCAGAUUGGGAUGGAUGCUCCGAUGAUCAAAAGAGCACAUCUGGAGGCUGUUUUUUCUGGGGAACAACAUAG